CUGUUUUAAGGUCUCGCGAGACUCUUCUUCUUCCUCCGUAGAGGAACGGCCGCAGUGACAUCUCGCGAUGCUUAGCAGUUCAGCCCGGUUGGUGGGACAGUUCCGAAAAGCCGGGCAAGGUUUCUGAUCCGCGGCGUCGUGGUGGUGCUCAUCUGUCCUGUGGAGUGUGUGUGCGUGUGUUGGGGGAGACAGAAAAGAAAAGAGCUGCCGUCAGGGAAAUCUUUUUCUACGCAUAAUCGGUUUCAGGAGCCCCUUCUUCGGAUUACCGAGUACGAGGCAGUUGAGGACUCCCGCGGCUGGGCGCUUUCGAGAGAGAAGAGUGGAGGAUCCGGAAGGAGAGACAAAGCAUGUCCGAGACGGAGAACAACAACGUGGAGCAGGAGCCGCGGAUGGAGGCUGAGCCGGAGGGAGAGGAGGAGGAAGAAGCAUCUGAUCAUGAGGAUGGCAGUCAGGUGGAGACCCCCAUCCUAAAACCAAAGGAAGAACAGGAAAUGUUUCCCGACUAUGAAAAGAAAAUGCAAGCGGACCGGUCAAACAGAUUUGAGUACUUGCUCAAACAGACAGAAGUGUUUGCCCAUUUCAUCCAGCCAGCUGCCCAGAAGACACCAACCUCCCCACUGAAGAUGAAGCCGGGGCGACCCCGCAUUAAAAAGGAUGAGAAGCAGAACCUCCUGUCUGCUGGAGACAACCGUCACCGUCGCACAGAGCAGGAGGAGGACGAGGAGCUCCUGAGCGAGAACAGCAAAGCCACCAACGUGUGCACGCGCUUUGACGAGUCGCCCUCCUAUGUGAAAUCUGGAAAGCUAAGAGACUAUCAGGUCCGUGGUUUGAACUGGCUGAUUUCACUGUACGAAAAUGGCAUCAAUGGCAUCCUUGCAGAUGAAAUGGGUUUAGGGAAGACAUUGCAGACCAUAUCCCUUUUGGGUUACAUGAAACACUACAGAAACAUUCCUGGGCCGCACAUGGUGCUGGUACCCAAGUCCACUCUGUACAACUGGAUGAAUGAGUUCAAGCGCUGGGUGCCAUCUCUGAGAGCUGUUUGUCUCAUUGGAGACAAAGAUGAAAGGGCAGCGUUUAUCCGUGAUGUACUUCUACCAGGAGAGUGGGAUGUCUGUGUGACUUCCUAUGAAAUGCUUAUCAGAGAGAAAUCUGUAUUCAAGAAGUUCAACUGGAGGUAUCUUGUGAUUGAUGAAGCUCACAGGAUUAAAAAUGAAAAGUCUAAGCUUUCGGAAAUUGUCCGGGAGUUCAAGACGACCAACAGGCUGCUUCUUACUGGAACCCCUCUGCAGAACAACUUGCAUGAACUUUGGUCUCUUCUUAACUUCUUGUUGCCUGAUGUCUUUAAUUCCUCUGAAGAUUUUGACUCAUGGUUUGACACCAACAACUGCCUUGGGGACCAGAAGCUAGUUGAACGUUUGCAUAUUGUGCUGCGUCCUUUCCUGCUCAGGCGUAUUAAAGCUGAUGUUGAGAAGAGUUUGCUUCCCAAGAAGGAAGUGAAGAUGUAUGUGGGGCUCAGCAAAAUGCAGCGGGAAUGGUACACCAAAAUUCUAAUGAAGGACAUCGACAUUUUAAACUCUGCGGGCAAGAUGGACAAAAUGAGGCUGCUGAACGUGCUGAUGCAGCUGCGGAAGUGCUGCAACCACCCUUACCUGUUCGACGGGGCAGAGCCCGGGCCGCCCUACACCACAGACAUGCACCUGGUGGUCAACAGCGGCAAGAUGGCCGUUCUGGACAAGCUGCUGCCAAAGCUGCGGGAGCAGGGGUCCCGUGUGCUGAUCUUCAGCCAGAUGACCAGGAUGCUGGACAUCUUGGAGGAUUACUGCAUGUGGAGAAACUAUGGCUAUUGCCGUCUCGAUGGCCAGACUCCUCAUGAAGAGAGACAGAAUUCUAUCAACGCUUACAAUGCCCCAAACAGCCCCAAGUUCCUUUUUAUGUUGAGUACCAGGGCUGGAGGUCUCGGCAUUAAUCUCGCCACAGCUGACGUUGUCAUCAUUUAUGAUUCAGACUGGAAUCCUCAAGUAGAUCUUCAGGCAAUGGACCGAGCCCACAGAAUUGGUCAGAGGAAGCAAGUGCGGGUUUUCCGUUUCAUCACAGAAAAUACAGUUGAGGAGAGAAUAGUGGAGAGGGCAGAGAUGAAGCUCCGGCUCGAUUCUAUUGUCAUCCAGCAAGGAAGGCUUGUGGAUCAGAAUUUGAACAAACUGGGGAAGGAUGAAAUGCUGUCCAUUAUUCGUCACGGUGCUACUCACGUGUUUGCAUCCAAGGAGAGCGAGAUCACUGAUGAGGAUAUUAAUGCCAUAUUGGAAAGGGGUGAGAAGAAGACUGCAGAGAUGAAAGAAAAGAUGUCCAACAUGGGUGAAAGCUCACUAAGGAAUUUUACCAUGGACACUGAUAACAGUGUGUAUAACUUUGAAGGAGAAGACUACAGAGAAAAGAAGAAGGUCACUCUGACUGAGUGGAUUGAGCCGCCUAAGAGGGAACGAAAAGCAAACUAUGCAGUGGAUGCUUAUUUCAGGGAGGCUCUGCGUGUCAGCGAGCCUAAAGUGCCCAAGGCUCCUCGUCCCCCUAAGCAGCCCAAUGUUCAAGACUUCCAGUUCUUCCCUCCACGCCUGUUUGAGCUGCUGGAAAAAGAAAUCUUGUAUUACAGAAAAACAAUUGGAUAUAAGGUCCCUCGCAAUCCUGAGCUGCCCAAUUCUGCCCAAGCCCAGAAGGAAGAGCAGAGCAAGAUUGACGAGGCUGAGCCUCUGACUGAAGAAGAGCUGGAAGAAAAAGAGAAACUCCUCACACAGGGUUUCACAAUUUGGAACAAACGAGAUUUUAACCAGUUCAUCAAAGCUAAUGAGAAGUGGGGACGGGACGAUAUUGAGAACAUUGCUCGUGAAGUUGAAGGGAAAACUCCAGAAGAAGUGAUGGAAUACUCUGCUGUUUUCUGGGAGAGAUGUAAUGAGCUGCAAGACAUCGAGAAGAUCAUGGCACAGAUUGAGAGAGGAGAGGCCAGGAUCCAAAGGAGAAUCAGCAUCAAGAAAGCACUUGACACCAAAAUUGGACGUUACAAAGCCCCAUUUCACCAGCUGAGAAUAUCCUACGGCACGAACAAGGGCAAGAACUACACGGAAGAGGAGGACCGCUUUCUGAUUUGCAUGCUACACAAGCUGGGCUUUGACAAAGAGAGUGUGUACGAUGAGCUGAGGCAGUGCAUCCGUAACUCCCCACAGUUCCGAUUCGACUGGUUCCUCAAGUCCAGGACAGCCAUGGAGCUGCAGAGGCGGUGUAACACUCUGAUCACCCUGAUAGAGAGAGAGAACAUGGAGCUGGAGGAGAAGGAGAAAGCGGAGAAGAAGAAACGAGGCCCGCGGACAUCCUCGGCCCAGAAACGCAAAGCAGAUGGGACCCCAGACGGACGAGGAAGAAAAAAGAAAUUAAAGCUGUGAAGAGGAUUUUUGAAAUUCAGUUAAGUUUGGACUAAGGUGAAGUAGUAGUGUUGUCUGUUUUUAUUUUACGGGUCGUAAUGAUGUACUGUAUAAACUCAAGCAAUUAAAUUACUUCAUCUGUGUACUGUACUAGGAGCAUAGUACUCAAUACAAGUCUGACUUCUAGUGAUUAAAUGCUGCAGCUGUGCUGAACCUUUGUUUUUUUUACCAUUAACACUUGAAGUAAUAAAAUACUUUUGUUAUUUA